AUGGCUUCGGAUGCUAUCAAGGACAAGAAGAAGAAUCAACUUGAUUGUAUUGAUACUGAUUCUCUUGUGUUAUGGCAGGUUAAGAUCAACAUGAACGACCUGCACUUACUCAACACGAUUGGGGAUCAAGUCAAGGGUGGCGUACGGCUGAAUUUGAUGGUUCAACUAUCCAAAUUACUCGAGUUUGGGGGUGCUGGUGUUACCAUGAUUGAAGACGCAACCAACAUUGUAGUGCGGCUUAACACAGAGUUCAAGAACGUUCUUGACCUAGGAACCAUUGGUCCCAACCCUUCAACAGCUGCCAAAUCCACGCAAUAUCGCGAGAUCCAGGCCAGGUCUGGGUUUACCAAAAUAUAUGACGGCCGCUGCACUGAACACAACCCGGCUGACAUGCAUGUGCUACCGAUUGAGUUAUUCAACCCAGCAUUCACUUACUUCUCAAGCAAAGCAUUUAAUCCUACAUAUGACGUACCUGAGGAGACACUACUUUCCGUUCAAGAGCUCAUGUGUAGAUUUGCAACCAUACACUCAAAUGAGCAUGCAUGA